GUCAUUGCGUUAAAUGUAGGCGACCGGAGCGUAUUGACAUGCGGUCGCUUGUGUUAGUAUGAUGGUGCUGAUUACUCAGAAUAGUUAAUUUUUAGAGCUAUUAAAUCCUCAGUUAAAACUGGACAAUUAACAGGUAAUAUAGGCUUUGUGCUUCGGCGUGCUUGACGGAAGAUGUCUGACUUUUCGUCCUUGGGUUUGUCGGACUGGUUGAUUCAACAGUGUAAACAAAUGGGCAUCAAUAAGCCAACUCCCGUACAGGAGAACUGUCUGCCAGCUAUACUUCAAGGCCGAGAUUGUAUGGGCUGUGCGAAAACAGGCAGUGGGAAGACCGCUGCAUUUGUCCUGCCUGUGCUGCAGAAGCUCUCUGAAGACCCCUAUGGCAUCUUCUGUUUGGUGCUCACUCCUACCAGGGAGCUGGCCUAUCAGAUCGCAGAGCAGUUCAGAGUUCUUGGGAAACCUCUUGCUUUGCGGGAUUGUAUCAUAGUCGGAGGAAUGGACAUGGUGACACAGGCUCUUGAGUUGUCAAAGAAACCCCACAUUGUCGUGGCAACGCCUGGGAGAUUGGCAGAUCACAUUCGAAGCUCAAACACCUUCAACAUGAAGCAAAUUCGCUUUCUGAUCAUAGAUGAGGCCGAUCGGCUGCUUGAGCAGGGCUGCACGGACUUCACCAAGGACCUGGAGGUGAUCCUCAGUGUCGUGCCGCCUAAGAGGCAGACGCUGCUGUUCAGUGCCACACUCACCGACACCUUGCAGGAGCUGAAGAGCAUUGCCAUGAACAAGCCGUUCUUCUGGGAAAGCAAGUCUGAGGUGCGCACUGUUGACGAGCUGGACCAACGCUACAUCCUCACUCCCGAGAAAGUCAAAGACGCGUAUCUGGUACACCUCAUCCAGAAGUUCCAGGACGAGCAUGAAGACUGGUCCAUCAUAAUCUUCACCAACACCUGCAAGAACUGUCAGAUUCUCACGAUGAUGCUGCGAGGAUUUGACUUCCCAGCCGUCUCCCUGCACUCGAUGAUGAAACAGAAACAGCGAUUUGCAAAUCUUGCAAAGUUCAAGUCUGGCGUCUUUAAAAUACUGAUAGCGACAGAUGUAGCCGCCAGGGGUCUUGACAUCCCAACAGUCCAAGUUGUCAUCAAUCACAACACACCUGGUUUACCCAAGAUCUACAUUCACAGAGUUGGCCGGACUGCCAGAGCGGGCCGGCAUGGUGUCUCUUUGACGCUGGUCACGCAGUACGACAUUCACCUGGUCCAGGCCAUCGAGGGGCAGAUCCAAGCCAAACUGCAGGAAUAUUCAGUGGAGGAGAGUGAAGUGCUGAAGAUUCUCACUCAAGUCAACGUGACCCGGCGCGAGUGUGAAAUUAAACUUGAGUCGACAGACUUUGAUGAGAAGAAGGAAAUCAACAAAAGGAAAGCGAUGAUCUUGGAAGGAAAAGACCCAGAUCUGGAACAAAAGAGGAAAGAGGAGCUGGAGAAGAUCAGGAAUAAGCGGAAGAAAUUUAAACAAAGAAUCCGUGAGAGUAUCCAGAAGAAGCAAGAUGAGAUCCUCAAGAGGAAACAGCGGAAAAAGAUGAGGCUUCAGCAAGAUGGAGGAAGCUCAUGUCAGUCACACGAGACGGGUGAAUGAGUGACUGUCCAUCCCUGAUCACCCACACAGACCAUGUACAAUAAAGGACCGUUAAAGAAAA